CCGAAAAUGCCGCAACAGGGAUCUUAAAAGAUGUUUAAUGCACCGUCGACUAUUUCGGACACAUCGACACCGCCUUCUGUUAAAUUAUUGUCUAUCGUUGAACACGCUCAAACAUUACAACUUACAACCAGUCAAAAUAGCAAUAAUGUGAUUAUGGAUGAUUCCUUAUGCAUCGAUUCGUCUGAUCAUGCAACUCAGGAUCUUUUAAAUAGCAUUCAUCACAACAGUCCUAACAGCAUCAAUAAUUAUUUGUUGCAUUCUACUAACAAUAACAAAAAUACCUCAUUUUCCUCGAGUAUUACAGAUCUUUCUUCGCCAUCCUCAUUGUUACUUUGUGAAAAUUGUCCCAUAUGUGGCGACAAAGUAUCUGGGUAUCACUAUGGCCUACCAACAUGUGAAUCUUGUAAAGGGUUCUUCAAGCGUACUGUACAAAAUAAAAAGGAAUAUCACUGUAAUGAAAAAGGCAGAUGUGUUGUUGAUCGUCAACAUAGGAAAAGAUGUGCUUAUUGUAGAUUUCAAAAGUGUUUGAAUGUUGGUAUGAAAGUUGAAGCUGUUCGUGAAGACCGUAUGAGAGGUGGCCGUAGUCGUCGCGGACGUUCGUCUUACAGUGUUAUAACAACACCGAAUCAUAACAGUAACAACAACAACUUUGAAUCGGACUGUGGAAAACAAAUAACUCCAUCUAGUUGCUCUUCUAGUGUGUAUUCAAGAUCUUUUGAAAAGGAAGUAUACAACAGUGGUUCUACCUCACACUCCAAUACUGUUACCACAACUGGAAUUGCUAUUAGUAAUAUUAUUUCUUCGAGCACAGCUAAUACUGGAAUUAUGUAUGACACAGACUGUAGUAAUGGACCGUCAGCUGUGUCACCACUGUCCGCUGCCAGCAGGACGACUGGGGAGUCAGAAUCUCUCACUUGUCCAUCAUCGCAAACGCAUUCAAUUUCCUCUGGUAUAACAAUGACUACUACUAGUAGUACAACAACGGAAGCAGCCAGAACUACAAAUACUACAACGACAUCAAAAGCAGGAGGCUAUUCACCUUUGGGCGAAUCUAACUUAUUCAGUCAAGAUAGUUCAGGGAAUAUGUAUGUCUUGAAACCUGAAGAUAUGAGCACUGAAGAUGAUCAAGGAUACUCCGAUUCUCAAAAUUGUAAAAGGAAUACAAUUAAUAAUGAUAAUAAUGAGAAUUUCUCAAACUGCAUAUCAUCCACUGUUAACUCUUGUUCCUCUUCAAGUCCAGUUUAUCAUCAAACAUCGUUUAGAUCUACUAAUGAUUGUAUUAGUGUUAAAAUGUCAGAAUGUUGUUCCUCAGACAAUGCUAAUUCUACAACAGUAUCUUUUGCAAAUGAUUCAUCAGCAUUUGUUUCAAUGGGAUUCUCUGUUGCUCUUAAAGCUCCUGAUUCUUCGUCCUCCUCCGCUUGUUCAUCACCACCUGUUGUCACAUGCACAAGUGUUGUCAAUUUGCCCACUUGUAAUUCUACUAUGGUUGAUCACAAUCUUUCUCAUUUACCUACCUAUCCAAUGAAUUCAACAAACUUCGAUGAAUCAUCUCAAAAAAUUGUCAGUACAACUUUCAAAUCAAUGAGUAUAUCAUCUUCAUCUUUGUCAUCUUUCCCAACUGGAAUGUAUUCAUCAUCUAAUGCAAAUUUUAUUGACCUAUCCAAUUCUGAUUCAAAACGUUCACGUUUAUGUUUUGAUGAUGUGAACAAUACGCAUAGAGUAGUUAGUGGUAGUGCUGGUUGUAGUGAAGGGAUAAUCAUGAAUGAUUGUAUCCCGAAUUAUCAGUAUACAUCGUCAAAUCUUUCUACGGUUCAAUCACAUAAUCAAAUCCUACAAAAUUAUCAAUUUAAUAACAAUAAUAAUAUACAUGGAGCUCACUCACGUGCCAAUACAUCUCCUUUGUCAUCAGCAGCAGAGGUAUCAGGAGAAUGGUAUCCAUCAAGCUUCGGAGUGGUUAACUCAUCUGAACAGUCUUAUCAUCCAUUGUUAGAGGUGGCAGCGGCCUCUGCACCGUCAUCAUCGUCAGUAGUAUGUAAUUCGUCUUCCUCCACAAAGGUGAGUGAAUGUUCUAGUUAUCUUCAGGUUAUGGGUACAAAUUACCAUCCUGCACUGAAAGAUAUUGCUCAAUCAACGGGUGUUUAUUCGAACAAUUCUUGUAUUACACCAUCAUCGUCUUCAUUUCUGCAUACAUCAAGUAUUGGAUCACAAGGCGUUGUCACUGGUGGUACUGCUGCUAUCGAUACUACCUCCCUUGCUAGUACUAGUAAUGCUUCGCGACAAUUUCUUAGCUCUAAUAAUCCUAUUCUUCCUCCUCCUCCUCCUCUUCAUCAUCAGCAACAGCAGCAGCAGCAGCGACAACAGAAUUCUAGAUCCCAUUUGAACUAUAGUCGAUCACAGUCGUCUGGCCUUUGUAGUUCUGUUGCAUGUUGUUCACCUGAGCCUAACUUAAAUCUGUCUGGAAAUAUGCUCAAUACAACUAAUGCUUCUACAAGUAAUACUUGUUUGUCUUUCAAUUUUGAUAAAAAUACUGCAUGCCUUCCCAGUGAAAAUACCGUUGUUAGUAAUCAUUCAUAUGCAUCAACUUCUUCAAUGAAUGAUAUACAUUAUCAAACCUUACAACAACAAAAACAACAACACAUAAAAAUGCCUAUUCUUCUGCCUCCACCUUCUCUUACCUCCUAUCGUCUGCCUUCUCAUUAUUCUGGUGAUCCUAUUAUGAACACUUCAAAAACACAUAUAGGAAUGAUAAGUUCCACUUCUGUAACAAAUGGUUCUCUAAGCUUUAUGCAACAAUCGAAUCCAUCAGAUUUCAUUGAUACACAGUUAAUGAAGAAAGAUCGUGGCGAAUCAGAUGGUGGUGGAGGGUCAAGUGAAUCAGAAGUAUCUAAUGAUUAUUUUAGUGCUGCUAGACGUGGUGGAAGUAGUAGUAGUUUUCAAUUUGAUAAUAUUAACAUCAAUAACAACACUAACCCACCCACUAUGGACAGAAACUUCGCCUUAAUGAACAAUGAAUUACUGACUAGUAAGAAAUAUGAUUGUAAUAACAAUAAUAAUAAUAAUGAUGGAACUGGAGAAGAUGAUUACCUAACAGGUGAUGAUAGUGAUUUAGACGAUGGUGUUGACAGUGUCGAUGAUGAUUAUGACGAUGAAGAUUUAGACGAAUACUACGAUGAUGAUUCGUAUAAUGAUACUGAUGAUCCAGAUGGGGAUUACGAUGAGCAAGAAGGUGAAGAAGAUGAAUUCAGUUGUGGUGGUGGUGGUGGGCCUGGAGGUGUAGAUAUCCUAGACAUGUCUGAAGGGACUGGUCAGUCUAGCUUCACUUGUUCCACAUCGUCAUACCAUAAGUCAGAAUAUGAAACAGAAUCAAAUCUUAUCGGGAACAAUUCUUCUCAUAUUCAUGCCAACUCAAAUAAUAACAACAGAACUGCUACUCCAAACAAUCCUACUACUACUACUACUAAUAAUAAUAAUAACAGCGACAAUAAUGAAGCGUUAUAUAAUGAUUAUACUAAACACAAAAAUGGUUUUCGACUUGGACAGAUAUUUACAACAUCAGUGGAACAUGAUUAUAAAGUUAUUGAAUUAGUUCAACAGUUUAUUCCGAAAUUAAAAUGUAGUCUAGCUGAAUUAUGCUCAUUUUUAAAAUCAAGAAAUCUUGAAUCCAUUGAUCCAUCUUCUAUUUCUAAUAAUAGUAAUAAUAACAGUAACUGCAGCAACAAUGAAGUCAUCAAUGAAUGUAUCAAUGCUGAUUCUGGGAUGAUGUAUGGUGGACCAUCAUCUUAUAUAGGAAAUUAUUCAAAUUCCCUUUUAUUAUUAUCCUCAUCAUCAACAACAUCGCCUUCUGUACAGGAAUCACAACUGCAUAAUACCAAUAUUAUUGAUUCUCAGGGAAAAUUAACUCAUCCUAUCAUUAGCUGCUCAACUGAAACCAAUGCGUCAAUGUUAAAAAAUGAAAGAGUUAAUUAUUUUCCUAUACCUGGUUCCGCUCAAUUUAAUGACAAUAAUAUAAUUCUAAAUAAUCCGUAUUUAGAUGAUUUAUUGUCUUCUUUAUGCUCAUUAUUAGAGACAUGUUUAUUUUAUUUAGUUGAUUGGAUGGCUCAAAUUGAACCUUUUAAGGUGUUACCGGUUGAAGACAAAAUGCAAUUGUUGAAUAGCAGUUGGAGUGAAAUUAUCCUACUGGAAUUUAUUCAUUUCUAUUUAACACAUUUAAAUAAUAUAAAAAGGAUAGACUCGGAGAUGAAACAACGUCCCACGAGUUUUAUGGAUCCACUGAACAUUUACUCCUCAUUGUUUCCAAUGAACACAAAUCUCGCUAACCAUCACAGUAAUAUCGGUAAUGUCAAUGUCUCCACAUCUUGUUCAUCAUCACUGUCCAACUCAUCGUUAUCUAUAGAAAUAUGUGAACUAAUCGAAGCUUUGCUAAACACACUGUUAGGUUCACAAUCAGAAUUAAAGCAUAAAUUAAAUGAUUUAUUGAAAACAUUUCAGCAGUUACAAUUGGAUCAUAAAGAGUUUACUUGCUUAAAAUUUAUUGUUUUAUUCAAUCCAUCAAAACAUGAUACGUUUCUCACGUCCAAUUUAAGUUAUGUUCUAAAAAUUCAAGGGAAGCUGUGUCAUUUCUUAUUGAAGCGAUCAAGACGAUAUCUACGUCAGCUGAUAAAUCGUUCAAACGAAUCACAGGCGAAUUGUCUAUCAUUAGAUGGUUUAAAUAAAUUAUUACUUCUACCGGAUAGAUAUGGACGAAUUUUGUUAGAAUUAGCUGAAAUCAAAUAUCUUGCCUUUCAAUUGGAAAAUUUUCUACUGUCACGUUAUAGAUCUGCUAAAAUACCAAAUGAAAGUUUAUUAAGUGAAAUGUUAUUGACAAAGCGUAGUCGAAUACCUCCUCAAGCGUCAACAUCAUCAUCAUCCUCAACGGCAGCUGCCACAGCCACCGCGGCAUCAUCUAAUUUGAUGACAACAAUGCAAUCGUCAUAUCCGCCUAAUAAUCGUCAAUAUCCUGUGUACAGUAAUAAUAAUAAUAAUUCGAAAAUUCCUCCCACAGCCUCCUCUUUCUCGUCCUUGUCCUCCUCCUCAUCAACAGCAUUGUCCUCUAAUGAUAUUGUCAUGCUUACUAGUAGUAGUGAUCGUAGAUCAGACAGUGAAAUCAAAUCAUUUACAGUUGAUAACAAUAAGAGUAAUUUAGCAACAACAAAUACCACCGUUAGUAAUGAUAUAAAAUUGAAUCCUAUGAAUGGUAUUCCUUCGUCAACAGCAUCAUCCUCUCCGUCUGUACAUCUUCAGUCACAGUGUUCUUCCACUUUUCUAUCAAAUAAUAAUAAUAAUUCAUCUAUGUUAUUAACUGAUACACAGAAAUCUUGUCCAUCUUUUCUAAAUUCAUUUUCUAAUCCUGUAUAUGCUCUUACACCAACUCAGGUAACUGAAAAUUGUUUUCAUAAGAAAAAUGAUAUUAUUAUUAGUAGUAGUGAUGGCAAUAGUGCUAAUAUUGCCACUACGACGACGACCAGCAGCACAACUCCUCCUCCUAGUAGUAGUAGUGGUAGUGAUAGUAAUGAACUAUACAGAUCCUUGUCAAAUAUUACAACGACACCAUCAUCAACUAUCAUCAAUCUUCAUCAUACCUCACUUUUAUCAUGAGAAAAGCAUUUUCACUUUGUUUUCUUGUUUCUUUUUGUACUUAUUCUGGGUGCUAUUUUUUUUGUCGCUUCUGUGUGUACACUUGAGUGUAAAUCAGAGAGAUCGCUCGCUGGCUCGCGCGCGCGAGAGAGAGAGACAGAUGGAAAAGGAUGAGGGGUAAACAUGGAUCGUGGGAAUGGUGGGAAGGAUGGUGGUUUGAUCGUCUUUUCUAUUUUAUCACCCUUUAAUAUUCCUUUUUUUCUUUCUGAAUAAACACCCCCUGAUUUGUCUUUUUCUAAUGUUUCCUUAGUUUAUUUACUUACUUAUUUGUUUGUUUGUUUUUUCUAGAGAUUUUGUUUUCUUUUAUGCCUGUACAUGUGUUUCAUGUGUGUGUGUUUAUACCAUGUUGUUGUUUCUUUCACCGAUCGACUGAUUGGUUUAUACACUAGAAACCACAUGUACACAUAUUUAUUCAUGUACAUUCAUGAUAGUAUCCUUUUUGAUAUUCGAUACUUCGUGGUGGGAGAGAGAAAGAGAGCGACAUGAUUGACACCUAAAUCUUAUGAAGAGUAUUCAUUGUAUUUAUAUAUAUAUAUAUAUAGUUGUAUAUAAUAGUGUUUGGUGUGUUGAAAGACUGCGAAGUUGAAGAAACCUUUCAACAACUACUGUGUGUGUUCUUAAUAUUCAUCUUUUCAAUUUCAAUCCUUUUUCACACACAUAUUUCCCUCUUCAAUUACUUUCCCUUCUUGAUGUGUUGUGUGUGCUAGGCUGUGAUUAUUUUCUUUUUUUUGACUUAUCGAGGCUUUUAUUUACUAUUAUACAAAUAGCAUAACCGUCAGUUUUAGCAUACAGUGUUGAAAAGAUGCAUAAACAUAUAUAUAUAUAUAUAUAUAUAUACAGUUGUUGACCAACGCUUACCAUCAUUUCCACCUACAUGUACAGAAAAAUAAAAAUUCUUCUUAAAAAACCAAACCAUGUUUCAUCUACCUCAUUCUCAAUUACUAUAUUAUGAACCUUAACUUUUGUUCUUUAUUGUCAUGAUUAAUUAGUCAUGUAAAUCACGAUAGUUUGUGUGAGGGAUGGAUCACGAUCACACACACACACAUACAAACAUGUAGAUGGAUAUAAAUAUACAUACGUUGAUUCUCAUUCUCAGGCAGUGUUUUCGUUCUUCUUUUGUUGCUGUCGUCUUUAAAUCUCUCUCUCUCUGUCUUAUUUAUACAAGUAUUCGUGUGUUUUUUCUUCUGAACUUUAUAAAAUACACAUACACAUGCAUUUCAUUGUCUUUUCCAUUAGCUCUUAAAAUAAAAGUGUUCCAGGGAAGCAGAAGAACACUCCGCUUUUUUGUGUGCACACUCUAUCUCAGUUUAGUUAGUCAUUUCUAGUUGUCUUGAAAAGUUUUUCUUUUCGACAAAACUCAGGACCUCUUAGUUUUCUCUUUUUUUUUAAUUUCUAGUAGUCUUUUAAUUUCGUUUUACUGAUUGUAAUGUGAAAUACAAGAUGAAAACUCCCUGUUUUUUUCCCACAAGUGUAUACAUAUGUAUGUAUGCUUAAUAUAUUGUUGUUAUUAUUUUGAUAAAGCCAAUUACUUUUGAUGCACAGGAUAUUUGUCUAAUCAUUAUUGUUGUUUGCAUUUAUAUUAGCAAUUGUGUAGUAGGAUUUUUGUUGAUAUUUUCUAAACCCUCCUCCCCCCAGUUCUUGCUUAUUUGUGGUGUGUGUACACAGAGAUUCCUGCUCACUCUCAUCCUUUUGUGUACACGUCUGUAUGCGGUAAAGUGUCGAUUAACCUCAUACUCGUUAAUUUGCUCACUGUCUACUAUUAGUAUCCACACUGGAGAUUAUGUUUUUACAGCUGCUUCUAUUUUUGUUGUUGACUAGUUUAUCUUGUCUCUGUCCCUCUGUGUAACUCCUCUUUAGCCCUCUUCUACGACAAUCAUUGUUCCAUAAAAGUCUCAUUACCUUGUUUUGAAUAAAGAAAAUGUGAUGUUAUUGUAUCUGUUAUCUAUGAAGCGAAUGAGUCAUACAACUUCCCUCCACCACCCACCCACCCUUGUGUUUUUUGUUAUUGUUCUGGAGCUGUUAUCGGUCAACUUUCUUUUUAUUGAUCCGUUAUGAAUCUCAUCACCUCCUAGUCCUGAUUAUCCUGAGUAGACAAAUUAACGUCUGUGAAAUUAUUAGUAAAGCGGGGAAGUAUCAUACAACAAAAGGGGUGUUGUAUGUGUUACAUCAUCUUUCUGACUUUCUUUCAUUUGUUACUUUUAUCUACCUCUGUAAUUAUUGCAUUCAGUUUUGUUGUAUUGUGUUUAUGUAUGUGUGUGUGCAUAUUGUUGUUCGUUUAUUUAUUUGUUUCUCUUUUUGUAGUUGCCUUCUCUUUUUUGUCAUUUUUGUUAUUGUUUUGUGUGCUGUUCAACACUGGCUUUUGAUUAAGUUUUUAAGAUGUUGGCAUAUUAUGUACCAAUAACGCUCAACAUAUGUAUUCAUACGUCGAGUAAAUUUGGAAUUAAAGUGAAGUAGAAAGUAUACUAAUGAACUGAUUCUAUUCAAUGUGAUUAUACUUUUUCCUUUCUUACAAUUCAACAAGUGUACUCCGCGUCUUUUUUGUGUAAAUGUUGUUUCCUUUACCUUUUAAAUGCAUUUUUUUCUCGGGCUUAUCAAUCCUCGUAUAUAUAUAUAUAUAUAUAUAUAUAUAUAUAUAUAUAUAUAUAUAUAUAUAUAUAUAUAUGUCUGUACAAUAUUUAUAUGUAAGUCAAAUAUUCAUCUCAACGUAUGUGUAUGUAUGUGUGUGUGUGGUUAUGUGGGUGUUUCAUUUCAAUUUUCUGUCAUGAAUGUAGGCGUUGUUGUUGUUGAUGUGGCCAUGAUGAUGAUGGUGUCAUAGUCGUUGAAACGAUCAAGUCUCCCUCCCUCUCUCUCUCUGUACCUUGAUCAUUUCAAAUUUUUGUGUAUACUGUUUGCAAAACGGGUGGUUCACAGGCGAAUUAAACAAACUGACAAGAAGAACAAAUAAGUCUAUACAUUUUCUCCCCUUUGUCUUCUUCUUUAUUCCCAUUAUUUGUGUUUUUCACAGAGAGUGAAUUAUGUAAGCUGUAUUUUUUUGUGUGUGAAUACAAUUCAUUGUUUUGUCAACUUCUAUUCAUCAGUUGACUUUCCUCUCGCUCCUUUUGUUAUUUAGAUAAUAUCAUCAAGAAAUGAAAGAUAAUCAAAUUUAGUACUCAGGAAUUUAAUUGUACAUACUUAUUUCUCUUCAUUUUUGUUAGUCGACGACUUACUCUGUUGUUUCUUUCUCCUUUACUUUUCGUGUCAGUUUAGAGUGUUUGCCUUCAUUCAUUCACACUGUUUGACUGACUGACUAGCUGUUGCGUGUGUGUGUGUUUCUUGUAUAUUCAUUCGCCUUUCUUUUCCUAGGACUUUUAUUCAUUUAUUUAUUAUUAAAUAAAUGACUGUGAAUGAGACGACCACACCUACUCGCUUGUUACCCUUAUUUUCACCUUUGGAUCACCUCUUUUUGUGUGCCUCUGAAUUUGUUGUUUCUCUACCUCUCCCGUAUUUAGCUUUUCUUUUUUCUUAUACAGGCAGCUUUUUAUGGUAUAACUAAGUAAACUAACUCAGUAACUAACUAAUUCAAUAUCCAACACACUUAUGUCUGUAAUAUGAAUUCACAUAUUUUUUGUUUUACCUACCUCUAUUACUAUUUGUAUUUAUCAGUAUACACAUAUAUGUGUGUUAGUGUAUUUAUUGUUCAGCUGAAAGAUACGUGUAACCAACACAUACACAUGUAAAAAUCCACUGUUACUUUGCCUUGUACCGUUGUAGUUCUUAUUUUCUACCAGCCAGCCAGCCAGCCCCCACCCCCUCCCAACUACCACCAUCACUCCCAACUCCCUAUUUCUUUCUUUUUUGUUAUUUUUUAAAAUCCUCAUGUAUAUGUAGUUAUUACGUUUUAUUACUACCUAUUAUUUCAGUUUUUGAGUAACACUAACGCCAGUGUUGUUUUACAAAAUCCUCUACUUCCACUAUUAUUGUUAUUAUUAUUAUGAUGAUGACGACGAUGAUA